AUGAGUGUCAACGGGAUACCUAUUAAGCUUUUGACGGAGUCUCAGGGGCACAUAGUAUCACUGGAGCUCACCACCGGUGAGCUAUAUCGUGGAAAGUUGGUAGAUAGCGAAGACAAUAUGAAUGCUCAGCUGCGAGACGUGACUGCAACUGGCAGGGAUGGUAGUGUGACAAGAAUGGACCACGUAUUUGUGCGUGGCUCUAAUAUACGGUUCUUCGUGCUUCCCGACAUUUUGAAAAAUGCGCCUAUGUUCAAGCAAGGUCCCGUUUCCAAACCUCCACCUCCUAUUCGGGGCCCCAAGAGGAGAUGA